AUGGAUCAAACUUCCAUUGAAGAUAUUCUCAUUCUUAAUAUGGGGUAUUCAAGUGAGACACUUUAUGAGAUCGAUUGUGUUCAAAGGAUGCUUGAUCAUUUCAUGGUUGCAGAUCAAGAUCACGUUCAAGAUGGAAGUGAAAUUACUGAUUCGAGUUGCUUAGAAGACAAUGAUGAUGAUUUAAUCAAGAAUUCUUACUCGCUUACACUCGUGAUGAUGGUGGCUAAUCUCAUCGACAACUAUCUUUCUGAGGUGGCAUCUGAUGUUAACUUAAAGCUCAAAAAGUUUCAAUCUUUGGCUGCUACUGUCCCUGAUUUCGCAAGGUCAAUCGAUGACAAAAUGUAUCAAGCAAUAGAUAUAUAUCUCAAGGCACAUCCAUGGGUGAUAGAUUCCGAUCGGGAGCUACUCUGCCGGUUAAUGGACUGCCAAAAACUAUCACUAGAAGCCAACACACAGGCCACCCAGAAUGAGAGACUGCCGCUCCGUUUCAUAGUUUUGGUUCUCUUCUUCGAACAGCUCCGGUUGCAGAUAUGUGUCGCCGGCUACUUAUAUGUCUCUGAUAACUACAACUCACAGGCACACACACCUGAGCAACAGCAGCAUGGUGCCACCGGAAAGUGGGAAUAUGCACCUUUUUCCCUUCGUCUGGAUCGCAUGCCCAAGAGAAGAAUAUGA